AUGGAACCUGUAGUGGAGAGUCCAUCCAAGCAACCAGUACCGUCCCUGUCUAGACUGUUGAAGGGCAAGGAGCGCGAGUGGAUGGCAGUUCGGAGCAAGAUGGGACCGCUUCAUCUUUUGGAUCUGCCGGUCGACAUCUUGAGGUUGAUUGUCAAGGAGAUCACCCAUACCAAUGACCUGACUUCACUUGCCUUGACCAAUUCGACGCUCUACAACCUCUCGGUUCCCCAUAUCUACGCUCGCUUUGACAUCGUAUGGCCCGACUCCACCAUGACGGCGUCCGACUCUAAAAGUGUUGAUGCACUCACAUACGGGCUCUCGACCUUGUGCCUGGGUAGCAAGUUUGCCCAAAGGACGAGGUGGCUAAAAGGCGGCACCGUGGACUACUCUGCCCUUCCUUCCCAGCGGUUGGUGGAUAAUCAGUAUGCCAAGUACACUAGGAAGUUCUCUCUGGGCAAUGGACCGACGGAUUGGGUCGCUGAGUAUAACAUCACGAAAGAGAGCGGGAAGAUGCUGGGCACAUUGGUGGCUUUGGCGGUUGCCAAAAUGCUGAACUUGGAAACCUUCGUUUGGGACAUGCCAACCGGAGUUCUGUCGGAUGUGUUCAUGGCUCUUGCAUCUCUUCAAGAUCACUACGCCGACGGUGAACCUAAGCUCGAAAAGGUGUGGAUUCGCUGGCAUGACAACUCAGACACGGGUGGCACCGUAUCCUCGGCGGCUUCCAGUCCUGCUGUGCAUCCAGCUAUUCCUGCUGUUCCUCCCAUCAACCAUCUAAAUCCUAUCGUGAUCCCACCCGCCAUCCAUUCACAUGCAGCACUAGCCCCGCCUCCCAAAUACUCAGACAGCCAAGUCGAGUUUCCAACCUUUAGCGUCCUACCCCCUCUCAAAAGUCUUACCGUUCUUGACGUGGACGAACUUGCAUAUCUAGAUGAGAUGUCAGUACUGAUUGAACGAUCCAAAAAGACGCUGCAAGAACUCCGUGUGGGAGUGUCACAGAAGGCUCAUGCUCAGGACUUCGUACGCAUCUUGGAAGGAGAUAACUUGCAACAAGUCGACUUGAGCGCCCGAUGGCCGGGCGAGAGCCGGAUCGGAUACAAAAGAUUGGGCGGGGUGCUGGGCGUGCUCGUAGGCAGAGUAUACGAGAUACGCCAGAAAGGCCGUUCAAGAUCCAAACGGAGAGAGUCUGGUUCUAACUGGACACCAAAUCAAGUUGGCAGUUUCCCGAAUGACACGACUUAUAACUCGCAGCCCUCGGCAAAUGGUGCAACAUAUACUAAUGGCUCUGCGUCAGAGAAUGCCCAUGCCGAAAUCAAUGGCUUCCCCAAAUCACAAGGAAACUCUGCCUCGUCCUCGGCUUCUGGGGGACUGGCGUCAGGCUCAAGAUAUAGCCAAAAUGGCAAGAUGCUGCAUAGCUCUUACAAUGGAAGAAAGCGUUUGGAAGGAAAGCUGAGGCUUCAUACGUUGGAAUUGGAAAGAAUAGCCCUUUCCAUGCCGGUCUGCUGCAGAGCAUUCGACUGGUCUGUCCUAACCAACUUGACCAUCCUUGAGUGUGUUCAUCACGAAAGUUUAUGGAAGAUUCUCAAGAGACACUUUCAGCCAACUCCUCCACCGUGUGGCUCUGCUCCUGGGACGCCUGUGCAAUACCACAUGGCGCUAAAAAAGAUACACACCGAUGCCACGACGCACUCUCUCAUAAGCUUCAUCAAGGAGACGCUUGCGCCAAAUACGCUCGAGGUAUUGUUCUUGCAGGAUCGCCGUAGAUCACCGCCUCCCCUGGUUACAAUCGAGCAAAUAUUCAAAGGGGCUCUAAAACGACAUCGUUCGAGCCUGAAGAAACUUCUGAUCGACAGCAACGACAAAUUGGAACGGGCUGCGGCCACUGAGGAGACUCGCUGGCAACAUUGGGUUCUCACGAGCAAUAUGGUUGCUUAUCUUACUAGCGGCCGCUUUGGAAAUCUGAAGGAGUUGGCCGUGGCUGUUCACUACAGAGACUGGCACCCCUUCCUUCAAAGACUACCCAACAUCCCCCAGCUGCGGUCACUGUUCAUCCCGCAUAUACAAGAUCAUAUCGUCGGAACGUUUGAGCCGAAAGAACUGGCGUUACAACUGGUUGACAUCAUCACACUGCGUCCGGAGAUUCAGUUGUGCUACGUGGGUAUUGGAACUAAGUGUUUCGAGAUACUGGAGGCGCGGCCGUCAGACGUAACAGGGGGCGGCUCUGACCAGUUUGGACUGAACGGCCAUCACCAUCACAAUACAGGGGCCAUCUCGGUUAUCGACGUCGAUGAUGAAGAUGACGAUGGCGAAAAUGAUCACAGUGAUGCAGACGAGGAGACGGAGGAUGACGACGCGGGCACAAACGGUAGUCCAGCCACAGACGCUGAGGACGACUUCAACGAAGUGUCUGACGAUGCCGAGUCAGAACCCGACUCGUUUCUUGAACCGGAGAACAGCCAAUCAUCGCCUAAGCUCCGACUUCGUGAAAUCCUUUUUUAUGAUGACAAGGUGGCGAUAUUUAAGGCGAGACAUGGCAAGCUGUGA